AUGGUGGCGGCCGCUCCCCGCGCUCUGCCCCCGAGCCCCAGGGGGAGAAGGGCUCGGAAGGGGACAGGGCCGUGGCGGGACAAGGCGCUGCAGCCCGGCCGGGCGCAGGGCGGGGAGGCCCCGGGGCGGGCAGGAGGCGGCGGCUCCGCGUCCCCCAGAGCCUGGCCCGGGAUCAGGGGAACCAAUGUGGAAUUUCCUGGCUGGCCGGGCGCCCUCCUGCUGCUGCCGAGAGGGGCGCGGAGGAGGCGGCGGCGGGGCAGCUCCGCGCUCGCACUGCAGCUUCCGGCCGGGACCCCGCAGGCAGCCGCCGCCGGGGAGCCAGGGCGGCCGCGCUCGGGCCGGAGAGCGGAGCGCGCCGCAGCCGCCCGAGCGAAGGAGACGCCGAUGGAGGCGCCCAGGGGCCCGGCCGCCGGGCUCCGGGGGCUGCCUCAGCCCGGGCGGGCUGGAGCGCUGCUGCUGCUGCUGCUGAGCUGGGGAGCUGCCCAGGAGCUGCGUCCCGGCGGGAGGAACGUGUGCGGAGCCACCGGCUUCUCUGGGUCUGUGUGCUGCCCAGGAUGGAGGCAACAAGGAGACGAGUGUUUGAUAGCCGUGUGCGAGGGGAAUUUCACCUGCAAGGAGAACGAGGUGUGCGUGAGACCCAGCGAGUGCCGCUGCCGCCAUGGAUACUUCGGGGCCAACUGUGACACCAAAUGUCCCCGCCAGUUCUGGGGUCCAGACUGCAAGGAAAUGUGCAGCUGCCACCCCAAUGGCCAGUGCGAGGACGUCACGGGCCAGUGCACGUGCAACCCCAAUCGCUGGGGGCCCAAGUGUGAGAACGCCUGUCUCUGCAAGCACGGCAAAUGUGACCAGAAGACGGGCAAGUGCACCUGUGAGCCCAACUGGUGGGGUCCCCAGUGCUCCAGCUCUUGCUACUGCAGUCUCAACUCCCAGUGCGACCAGCAGACGGGGACCUGCCUCUGCCAGCCCGGCUGGUGGGGUCGGGGCUGCAACAACCAGUGCGUCUGCAACAACUCGCCGUGCGAGCAGUUCACCGGGCGCUGCCAGUGCCGGGAGCGAAUGUUUGGCCCGCGCUGCGACCGCUACUGUCAGUGCUACAAGGGGAAAUGUAACCAGGUGGAUGGGACCUGCGCCUGUGAGCCGGGAUAUCGGGGCAAGUACUGCCGGGAGCCCUGCCCAGCGGGCUUCUACGGACAAGGCUGCAGGAGACGGUGUGGGCAGUGCAAAGGGCUGCAGCCCUGCACCAUCGCGGACGGCCGCUGCCUGGCCUGUGAAGCUGGCUGGAAUGGCACCAAGUGCGAUCAGGCCUGCUCCUCGGGCUUCUACGGGGACGGCUGCGAGAAAAUCUGCCCCCUGUGCAAAGACGGCCACACCUGCAACCACAUCAAUGGCAAGUGCUCACACUGCAAUCCCGGCUGGAUUGGAGACAGGUGUGAAACCAAGUGUCGCAACGGGACAUACGGCGAGAAUUGCGCCUUUGUGUGCAGCGACUGCUUCAACGGGGAGUGCCACUUUGAGACGGGCCGAUGCCUCUGCCGGGCCGGCUCUCACGGCACCUACUGUAACCUGACAUGCCCAGCUGGUCAGUACGGAGUCAACUGUGCCAAGUCCUGCAGCUGCCAUGAUGACACAUGUGACCCCCUGACUGGAGCCUGCCACAUGGAGGCCAAUCAGCGGAUGGGGGUGAUCGCAGCGGGGGCCCUGCUGGCUUUGCUGCUCAUCCUCCUCCUCUCACUGCUCUGCUGCUGCUGUGUCUGUCGCAAGAAGGAGGAAGCUCAGGGUGGGAACCAGGACCCAGCAGCAAGCAAGAAAUCGCCAGGGCGCUUGUGUGGCCGGUUCAGUCGAAUUAGCAUGAAACUCCCCCGAAUUCCUCUGCAUCGCCAGAAACUGCCUAAAGUUGUCGUGGCUCACCAUGACCUGGAGAACACCAUGAACUGCAGUUUCAUUGAGCCACCAUCGGUAGUGGAGCAACCGUCUCCCUCCUGGUCCUCCCGGGGCUCCUUCUCCUCCUUUGACACCACCGACGAGGGACCAGUGUACUGUGUACCCCAUGAGGAGGGUGUGGGUGAAAGCAAAGAGAGAGGCCCUGCCUGCAGCCUGGUGGAGAAGCUGGCACCCCCAAUCAGCGCGGAGGAGGCUGGAGAGUAUACCUUCUUGAAAGAGACGGGCUCCGUCAAGGCCUUCCAAGCAGACAGCAGCGAAACACCCCUGCUCAAAUCCUCCGACAGCGAAAGGUCGUCCUGUGGCUCCGGCUCCACCAGCGGAGCCCUCUAUGCCAAAAUCGCCCGCCUCUCCAAGCAGUCCAAGGACGAAGAUGAAAAUACAAUGGACACCAAAAGCCCUGGAGUGAAUGGUAAAUCCCCCUCCCCGGAGAGAACCAAGCCCCCUCCCCCUGAUCCCUCCACAAAGCCGAAAGUGUCCUGGAUCCAUGGGAAGUACAACUCCAACCAGUCCAACUCGCUCCCUGCUCCCAGCAGGUCGCCCGAGAGAGCGGCCAUGCAGCCUGAUUGCUCUGAGCACCCUCAGGCCAAGAGGAAGAGAAGCCCGAGUGAGACCUCGGCCGGCCUCCACGGGAAAGCCGAUGACAAGGGCAGCGCGAGGAGCAAAGAGAAAGCGCAGAAACAUCUGAAAGAGCUGAGCUUCCCAGAGGGCAAAGCCUCUUUCUCUGGGGAGCCCCAGUCACCAUCCAAACCCAAGCAGAAGACCAAGGCCAGUUCGGAGCAGAUGGAGAACAUCAAUGGGGCCGUCCAAAAUGCUCUGAAAAAAAUGGGAAACUACCACCCAGACAGGAAAGGAGGGGAAGGCAGGGAAGCCCCCCGGAGCCCCAGUCACAGCAAGCCACGCUCCGAGGCUGUCCACCCCCAUUUGUCUUCGGAGGCAGCCACUUUACUGGCUGCUCAACUGAAGGAAAAGACUCAAAGCCUCAACAAGGGCGAUGGCAGCGCCCGGCAAAAUGGGGUGAGCCCUUUGCAGCCCCAGAGGGAGAAACCCACCCCUCCGCAGAAAGCCAAGCGCUCUGUGGCCACCAGCAGCAGCCAGAAAUCCAGCAAGCCGGCGCUGCCAACCUCCCCCAACCUGCAGAAACUGAUCAGCCCCGUGUCGGAGACCACGGUCAAUGAGGCCAAAAGGGCAGAGAAGCAAAAUUCCAGCAGCAGCAGCAGCCAGGAGCACGCGCCCCUGAGUGACCAGACCAGCAAAAAAACACCCAUUAAAAAGCCCCCUAGGAAGAAGAGCAGAGAAGCCACCUUGGAGCAGCCCAAAGCAGCCAUAAUGCCCCCUCAGACAGUUCAGUAG